AUGAAACCAUCCACUCUGCGUCAGGCCGCACGUUUUGAAGACAUGAAAUAUGACAGCUGGAUCUCUGUCACACUUUCUCAGUCUCAGACUGUGGAGGUUCAGCCUGGUGAAGAAGUCACACUGCUGUGCUCCAACUAUACCAGUUCUCCCAGUCUGAUAAUCUGGUUCAGAGUGGUCAGUAGAACCCAGCCUCAGUGCAUCUGCUCCAUGUUCGAGCAUCUUGAGGGUGCUAAAUUCUGCAGUGGAUUUGAAAAUGGAAAAUUUGAAAUGACAUCCAACAGCUCCACUCUUUUUCUCAAAAUCAAACAAGUGGAUUUAUCCGACUCUGGACUGUAUUUCUGUGGAUAUCGUUUAACCAGAGGUCUGGUUAUUGUCCAUGCAACAUAUUUACAGGUUGAAGACGUGUUUGAAGGAAUAACAAAGCUGAUGAGUGUGAUGCUUGGCGGUCUGACUGUUUUCCUCAUCAUGGUCAUCAUUUGUCUGGCUGUUCAAAUAAAAAAGCUUCAGAAAGAAUCCACAAUGGAGAGAGAUCUGGACUCUGAUGAGCUGAAGGGCGGAGCACUGAGUUUGUAUUCAACAACAAUCAGAAACAGGAGGCCUGAAUCAGAGAGAGAAGUGGGGACUCUUGUUGUUUAUGCUGCCAGCCGAUAG